AUGUCCAAGCCAUCACGUCUGGCUAAGCCUUUCAAGCAGUCGUCCGGGCGUAAGGAGGCUCCAGGCGAUCGCUCGCGGAUGCUGGUGGUGGGGGAGAGGUUAAUGCGCGCGGGGAGUGAGGGGAACCUGAAUAAUUUUCCCCCACAAAAACCCCAACGCAACUCCCCCCCCCCUCGAAAUUCCUCUCCCGUGAAAAGCGAUCAGAGGCUAUGUUGCCCUGAGGAUGUCGACACCCUGAGAAGGCUUCAAAGCGGGUCGGGCGAAAGUAAUCACGCAGACCCUUGGUCACCACGCACUGUCCCCAGGAGACACACCGUGGGAGGGCCACGCAGCGCCAGAGACGUGCUAACCAUGCAAACCCACAGCAUGGAUCACAAGAGGGAGGCUUUCCUGGAACACCUAAAACAGAAAUAUCCACAUCAUGCCUCUGCCAUCAUGGGCCACCAGGAGAGGCUGAGAGACCAGAUCCGGAGUCCCGUGCACGCCCCGAACCCCCAGCCCUGCGUAGGGGAUCAGGGGGAUCACCUCGCCCUCGUCGCUCUGGAGCCGGCGGACGUCAUGUCUGAGGCAGAAGCCCCCACCCCCUUCACGAGAGGCAGCCGCUCUCGGGCCAGCCUCCCCGUGGUCCGAUCUACCAACCAGACCAAGGACAGAUCACUGGGUGUGCUGUACCUGCAGUACGGAGAGGAGACUAAGCAGAUCCGCAUGCCCAAUGAGGUGACGAGUGUGGACACCAUUCGGGCUCUGUUUGUCAGUGCCUUCCCUCAGCAGCUCAACAUGAAGAUACUGGAGUCCCCCAAUGUGGCAAUAUACAUCAAAGACGAUGUUAGGAAUAUGUACUAUGAGCUUUCCGACGUCAGAAGCAUAAUGCCACACUCUUGUCUGAAAGUCUACAGUAAGGACCCUGCUCAGGCUUUUAACCACAACUCCAGAGCCAACAACGGGGAUAUCAGGAUCCAGAGGGAGAGGCUGUACUCCGGCAGGGACGGCCAACACAUACUGCGACAGCAUCCUGGAGGUAACAGCGGGGUCCACACUCUCCCCCACAGUCCCAUCCAUGCGGGCCAGGGCUCCAUGUCUCCUCCAGCGGUCCGUUCCGUGCCCUCCUCCCCUUCCCGGAUCCCGUACGGGCCCCGUAACGCGGCCGUGCCGGGCAGCGCCACCCUACCCAGGGACCGCCUCUCCAGCGUGCCCGCCGGCCGCUCCAACGCUCCCUGCCCCAGCGCCAUCCUGGAGCGUCGAGACGUCAAACCGGACGAUGACGUCGGCGGCAAGGGCGUGGCACUGUACGCGGACCCCUACUCUAUUUCGGAGGCCAGGUUGAGUAUUGCGUCCUCUCAGGGGACCCACGUUGGGGAUGUGGUGGACGGAGCAGGGUACCUUCAUCGGCGUUCCUCUGUAAAAUCCACCAGCUCCUAUGCGGAAAGUCAGGAGCAGCAGCAACACUCCCUCUACAGGCAGAAAUCCCGCAAGUACAGCGACAACCCGCUGUCCCCCCUCGCCACCCCACCCCCUUCUCCUCACAGGGGGAGCGAGGUCAGGGUGAUCGACGUCCACCCGGGACAGGGCGUCCACAUGCCCCCACAGGGCGUGUCGGCGGACAGGUCGUCCUCGCUGCGGAGAUCGUUCCGGAAGGACGGCAACGGAGGAAUGGAGGUCGUGGCGAGGGCGAGGGGAAACGUGGCCUCUCCCGUGUUCGCCGACCUUCCCCCGGGCCACGGAGAGAGACCUUUCCAAGGCCAGGUGGCGGCGGGUGACGCAGAAACAAGUGAGAGAAUGAAGGCCAUGGAGCAGGAGAUAGCCAGACUCACUGGGCUUGUUCAGCACGCACUGUUGAAGGGACCUAGUACUGCUGGUUCCAAAGAGACAGCCAGCGAGAAGUCCCUGAAGACGGCCUCUCCUGUGCACAGCGUUAGCAAUUUUGGAACCUCACCGGGCCAUUCGGCGAAGAUCUCCACGACCCAUUCGGACGCGCCCGCGGUGGCGGCCCAGGUUCGGGCCAGAGACCCGGCUUUCGGCUCCGCUCUGACUACCUGUAGGAAGAAUGUGUCCGACCUGCGACUACAGCUCCACCAGCUCAGACAAAUGCAGCUGCAGAACCAGGAGGCCAUUAGGGUGAUGAUGCGUCGGGUGGAGCAGGAGAUCGCCGGGAAAGUGACGGAGAGACUGCAGCUGAUGGAGGACCCCGUCCAUAAACAGAGGAGUCAGGUGGAUGAGGAGAGACACAGCUACCUGGCGAUGGAGGAAGGGGUGUUACUGCAGCUGGGGGAGUUGGAGAACUACGUUGAGAAGCUCAAGAGAGAAUCGACGUCUGUCACGAGCCAUCGGCCAAUCACGCUGAGGGAUGUGGAGGAAGGGGCGGUGAACCUGAGGAAAGUGGGGGAGGCCCUGGCAGCGCUCAAAGGGGAAUACCCAGCGCUGCAGACGAAGAUGAGAGCGGUGCUUCGGGUGGAGGUGGAGGCAGUGCGUUUCCUGAAGGAGGAGCCACACAAGAUGGACAGCAUGCUGAAGAGGGUUAAAGCUCUGACCGAAACCCUGAGUGGACUGAGGAGAUGUGCAUCAGAGGGCCUGGUCCAUCAGAACGACGGCGCGUCGGCCAAGGCAGCAACAGGGAAACAACAUUCCGCGGCGGACGAGCCCGUCUCUCCCGGCGUUUUCCGCGAAUCCGCUCCCACCCCUGUGCCCAGGUCGCCCUCCACCAAAGCCGCCAGGUCAGAGGUCGCGCCCUCGUCGCCCCUGAUCGUGCAGCGCGUGCACAGCGCGCCGGUCAACAUCCAGCCGUGCCAACAUUCGAUAGGGCUGUCUCACCACGCCAGCCCUCCGCUGACCCCCACCCAUGGCCGCGAUUCCCCCACCGUGGCCAAAGUCAGCCCGCAGAGUCGAGAGGGCAGCCCUGCCCUUCAGAAGAGAGGGACCCCUAGAGGACCAGAGGCCCCCUUGUCCCCUACCGUUGUCAGUGCAUCAGGAGCUGCCCCUCCACUUUCUCAGACAGAGGAGACCGUCAUGAACGCAGACAGAGUCCAACAUCCCACACAGGCCUCAGAGCAGGUAGAAGAAAGCACUGGUAGCACUGCUCUCUCCGCUGGGGAAGACAUGGAGAUCAUUCUCCAGCAGACCCAGGCCAGCCUGAUGGAGGCCAUACCCGACCUGGAGGUGCCAAGCCAAGCGCAGGGUCAUCCGACAAACCGUCCUACGGCUGUGCCAGAAGAGGUGGAAAAUGCACGGCCCUUGGACUCCAUCAGAGAGGGUAGUGCAGAACCAAGACCAGUAACUGAAAAACCAGCACAAGGUGGCUCUGAGAGACCACAGAAACCAGCCAUAGAGAAGCCUCACAGGCCCAGUGUUGAUCAGAUCAAGUCAAGCCCUGAAAAAUCAAGCAAGUCUCCACCACCUCCCCCUCCACGCAGAUUCUACCCCCCAGGAACAGGAAUCACCACAGGGAGGUCAGGGGAGGUCGUCUAUGGCACCCGCAGGGAGUCAACUACUACCGAGGAGGGUGAAGAGGAGCCCCCCCAGCCCAAACCUCUCCGGAUACCCCCCGAGGUGAAGCCCAAGCCCCACACCCCUCCUCCCGUCAUCAACCCCCAACCACAUGAAGAACAGGACGAGGCAGAUAAGAUCAUGGCGGAGCUGCAGGUAUUUCAGAAGUGCCCCGUUAAAGAAUUAGAGCCCAAAUAUGUAGUUGAUCUCACCAGCAGCGAGUCCCCAUUUAGACUGAUGGAGCCCAAAUCCUUCUUUUGUUACGACUCUGAGACUGUGACUCAGCUGAAUGAAGAGGGAAAGCAAACUGAGAGUGGAAAAGAUAGUCUUUCCCCCAGCUCCAGGGUCAUAUUUUGUCUGACUGGCACUGCAAAACCAUCCAGCCAAAGCCCUUCCACAGCAGAGGAGGACCUGAAAGAAGACAGCGGAGCCACAGUUUCUUCCACUAAGGUGGCACAAAUGAAUGCUUCUGAGUUGUUAGGGCUGUCAUCAGCCAAUCAGAUAGUUGUUAAUGGCUCUGAAUGGUCAGAAGAGAGCACAGAAAAGGAGGAAAGUAAGAAUGUUAUUAUGAGGUCAAUCCGGGGCCGGGCCAGAUACGCGGAAGAUGCUGGUCUGAGCCCAGACCUUCCAGGUGAGGAGGGUCCUCCUCCAGCAGACAACAUCGCUUUCAUGAUCACUAACACCAAAGUCCAGGCACUGUCUACGGGAGAGUAUCAAGAGCUGGUCAGCACACAAGGCAAGGACGUCCAGACGGUCAAAGUGGGCUCGGACACAACUGUCACUGCCCCAGAGGACUGCGAAAUAAACAGGAAACCGGUCAUCAUCAUCUUUGACGAGCCCAUGGAGAUCCGACAGGCCUACAAGCGGCUGUCGACCAUCUUUGAGUGUGAAGAGGAGCUGGACCGCAUGCUGGCAGAGGAGAAGAUUGAAGAGGAGAACGAGGAGGAAGAGGAGAUCAUCUCCAAGAGCAUUACCGGUCAGGUGAAACCUCAAGCUAACGUUGAAGAUCGAGGCAGGACUGAGACCAGAGAAAAAGCCCAGGACAGUUCUGGUUCUGUGACUGAAGUUCCAGACCAAGAGAAAGGUUCAGAGGGUUCUGCUCCAGAGGCUGAAGACGGGUCUAAAACAGACCUCUCUAAUGAUGCCAAACAAGAUGCCAAGAAGAAGUUCAAAUUCAAGUUCCCCAAGAAGCAGUUGGCGGCUCUUGGCCAGGCGCUUCGCACAGGAACUAAAACGGGCAAAAAGACACUGCAAGUAGUGGUGUACGAGGAUGAGGAAGAGGCAGAUGGAACGGUUAGGGAGUUUAAAGAAACCAAAAGGUUCGAGAUCCAAACCCAGGUCAACACUAAGUCAGUCAACUCCAACACCAACAAUCUUUCACAAAGCCAACCACUUACUCCUCAGAAUGUUCAAAACAGGACGGAGGAGCUCCGUAAGACCACCUACAAAACCUUAGAUAACCUGGAGGAGACCCUCAAACAACUUGAGGACACCAUUAGUGACAUGGACCCUGCCUUGUCUUGCAAGACCUCCAGAACGUUCUCAGAAACAAAGAGGGGUGUCAUUCAGGGUGAACAGAUGGAGGGGAGCCCCUCUAAGAGGCCAAGCCCUCUUGCACCAAAGUCUCAAAAGGCUCCACAACAUAAGAAACCUAAAGUCCGGCCUCAACCCCGGGCUUCCUCCAGUUCUUCCACUUCCAGCACUGAACAGAAUUCCAGCAGCAGCUCCGACUCCUCUAACCGAACGGUGGCAUCCUCAGCGAAAUCCCGCAAGCCUCCCCCAAGCCCAGAAAAACCCGGAAAAAGCCAGAAGCUCCAGGAUUCCCAGAGGCAGUUCCGACAGGCUAACGGAAGUGCUGAUGGGGAUAGUAAACAUUCAUUCCUUGCUUUACCUGCUUCUAAGAUCCCAGCCUAUUGUCCUGGCGCUGGGAAAGCUAGCUCACUGUCUGUUCCUAACUCAAACACUCCUAAGCCUACUAACCCAUCCUCUUCCUCACCUUCAUCCGUUUCUUCCAAGUCCUCCAUUCCGUGCCUCAGCCUGAGUCGUCCCGCCCACACACCCCCCUCCUUCUCUAACGACCCCCCCUGCAUCCCAGCCCCCGCCCAGCGGACCAAAGGCCACAGUGUCUCCCUCUCUCCUCCUGCUCGUGAUAGCAGACCCCACCCGCUCUCCUCCUGCUCCUAUACCUAUUCCUCCUCCUCCUCUUCAUCUUCCUCUGGCUCACAUUCCUCCUCCUCCUCCUCUGUUUCGCCCACCUCCACGUCCUCUUCUUCCUCCCCUUCGUCUCCCUCCCUCCUCUCCCCCACUGCCGUGAGUCAGGGAGGUCGGGGGGGUCGAGCGUUACACGUAGCCGGCUUCAGCAAUCACAGACCCCACCAGAGUGGUGCCAUCCCUCCAACGCCCUCUGCCAAAGACAUGGCAUGA